CAACCGGUGUUCGAUUGCGAUUGCGGUGUUUGCGGUUGAUUGUACGUGAGUUGAUGGAGUGAUUGCUAGGCUAAAACAACGUGUUUCUAUCGGUUUUUCGUUAAAAUACUAUCGAGAAUAAAUUACAGAACCAAAAUACAGAAAUUUUUCUUCAACAAUGGCCGCUAUGUCUGUGAUUGGUAUAGAUUUUGGAAAUGAAUCUUGCUAUAUCGCUGUUGCAAAAGCAGGUGGUAUAGAAACUAUAGCCAACGAUUAUAGCCUUCGAGGGACACCAUCAUGUGUGGCUUUUUCACCCAAAAAUCGUAUGUUAGGUGUUGCUGCCAAAAACCAAAUGGUAACGAAUAUGAAAAACACUGUAUUUGGAUUCAAAAGAUUACUCGGAAGAAAGUUUUCUGACCCUCAAGUCCAGAAAGAAAUAAAACACUUCCCAUUCAGAACAGAACAAAGACCAGAUGGUGGAAUUGGAAUACGAGUUAAUUAUCUUGGCGAGGAUAAUGUUUUUAGUCCAGAACAGAUCACUGCUAUGCUGUUUACUAAACUGAAGGAUAUAGCUGCAACUGCGCUGCAAACGCAGAUUAAUGAUUGUGUGAUAUCAGUUCCAAGUUACUUUACCAAUGCAGAGAGAAAUGCUUUGUUAAAUGCUGCUGCAAUAUCUGGACUAAAUGUGCUGCGCUUGAUGAACGAAACAACUGCAACAGCUUUAACUUACGGUAUUUACAAGCAGGACCUGCCUGCACUUGAGGAGAAGCCCAGAAAUGUUGUGUUUGUUGAUUUUGGUCAUAGCUCACUUCAGGUAGCAGCUUGUGCAUUCAACAAAGGGAAACUAAGACUAUUAGCUACUGCAAGUGAUCCUCAGUGUGGAGGACGAGAUAUUGACGCCGCUCUUGCGGAAUACUUCUGUCAAGAUUUUACUACCAGAUUUAAACUCGACCCCAGAAAAAAUCAAAGGGCAUACCAGCGUUUAUUGCAAGAAGUGGAGAAGUUAAAAAAACAAAUGUCUGCUAAUAGCACACGCUUGCCUCUUAACAUUGAAUGCUUUAUGGAGGAACGUGAUGUGUCUGGAGACAUGCAGCGUUCUCAAAUGGAGCAAUUAUGUGCAGAAACAUUCACCAGAUUUGAAAGAACUUUGAGGGCUAUACUUCAUAAUGCAAAACUGCGACCAGAAGAUAUCUAUUCUGUUGAAAUUGUUGGUGGAUCUACCAGGAUUCCAGCUGUUAAAGGGCUCAUUGAACAAGUCUUUGGCAAGAAUGCAUCAACCACACUCAACCAGGACGAGGCGGUAGCGCGUGGAUGCGCGUUACAGUGCGCCAUGCUGAGUCCGGCGGUGCGUGUGCGCGAGUUCAGCAUCACCGACGUGCAGCCUUACGCCGUUCGCCUCGCAUGGGAGGCCGCCAGGGGGGAGGAUACUGAUAUGGAGGUGUUCCCAGCAUUCCACCCAGCUCCUUUCUCUAAAAUGUUAACAUUCUAUCGGAAGGAACCAUUCACAGUUAGUGCUUAUUAUUCUGAUCAAGUACCAUACCCGGAUACAUUUAUUGGUCAGUGGCAUAUUAGAGAUGUGCAACCAACACCAGAAGGGGAGUCUCAAAAAGUUAAACUCAAAGUUCGCGUCAAUAUUCAUGGCAUCAUAACGGUGGCGUCCGCAUCUCUGGUGGAAAAGAAACAAGACGCGUCACAAAACGAUAAUGUCGAAAUAGAAAACUCAAAUGAGACUGUGAACAGUCAAGAGGCUCCGAUGGACGCAAACGGGGCAUCUCAAGAGCAACAGCAAAACGGUCCUGAUAACCAAGAGGUGAGAGAAGAUGAAAUGAAAGGAGAGCCACAACAAAAACAGUCGUGGACACAGAGAGUAGGACAGUGGUUCAGCGGGGAUAAGUCUAAAGAGAAAUCUAAAAAGGUUCUAGUUAAAACUAUCGAGCUGCCAAUCGACGCUCGAACUCAUGGUUACUCGCAACAGGAACUUAACGGCUAUUUGGAACAUGAGGGUAAAAUGCAAGCUCAAGAUCGUCAAGAAAAGGAGCGCGCGGAUGCCCGGAACGCGCUAGAGGAAUACGUGUACGAGUUGCGCGGCAAGUUGUCCGAGGGCGAGACGUUGCACGACUUCGUGUCAGAAGAUCAACGUGUCAAACUAGUGGCGCAACUGGACGCGCUCGAGCAGUGGCUCUACGACGAGGGGGAGGACCAGAACAGACAGGUGUACAGUGACAAGCUCUCAGAGCUGCGAACCGAGGGUGAACCUAUCAAACAACGUCGCCUCGAAUUUGAACUUCGACCUGGAGCGUUAGACGACUUAGCUUUAUCUAUUCAAUUAGUUAACAAAGCAAUCGAUCUAUAUAAGUCUGGAGACGCAAAGUACUCUCAUUUGUCUGAAGCGGAUAUCCAGAAGGUGGUGGAGGCUUCGAAGAACGCCCUCAGUUGGCUGGAGAGUACGCGCCAGACGCUAGCGCACGCGCCGCGCCACCAGCCGCCCGCUCACACCACGCACCAGAUACGUCAGGAGAGACAGAACUUGGAAAACAUAGUAAAUCCAAUUUUAAAUAAGCCGAAACCUAAAGAAAAGACCCCUCCACCGAGCAACCCUACUGGUGAUGGGCAGCCCCCUGCCGGUGCACCGACUGAGCCGAUGGAUGUUGACUGAACACGCUGACUCACAAGACUAAAUAAUAACACACAUCAUCGUCACAAACUUAAAUUGUGAUUAUGCACUGUUUGUACAACUUGAUAUAAUUCACCCGAUUCUCAGGCACGUUUAACUUAAUUUGUGCAUUUAAUCAUCAUUAUCAUUUAUUUUGAAUGUAAGAGAUGAACUCUUGAAACUCGCUAAUAGGUAUAUUGUCAAUAAAAAAUUAUAUGGGAACUUGGUUUUGAUAGUAAGCAUCGUAUUUCUUUUGUGUGUGUAUAAAAGCAGAAUGUUAUUAUUUAGUCUUUUGAUGUGUAUUUUAACAUGAAAGCUAUAAAUAUAAAACUAGAUAAUAUUUUUUUUUUAAAUCAAUUGAAGGUACGGCUGGUUUUUUUUGUGUUAUAUGUUUAACCAUCGUGCUGAAGUAAUUUUGUUUUAGUAAUAGUCAUGCAUUUCUGAUUUGACGUAACACGAAUAGUUAUAAUUUGUAACAUAAUUUAUAAAUAUAUAUUAUUUAAAUCCUGGUGUAUUGUAUAAGAAGAAAAUUCCAGGUGUCCCAUUAAAAAUGUGAUAAAACAAAUACUGAUUUGAACAUCUCUAAAAUGUUUAUUACUGAUAAAAUUAGGUAUGCAAGAUGAUUAAAAUGCAACUUUUUAAUUAGCAUUAAUAUUAUUAAUGUUUAGUGCAAAAUUAAUGUUUAUCUGUAAAUCGUGUGCUGGUUGCUAAAUGAAUUGAAAACUAUAUACCUAAGUAUUGCCGCACUUCUAUUGAAAUAGGUUACAAUGAACAUACAUUCAAAACUAUUGACAUACCAUUCCAAAAGUAAAAUAUAUUCGGACUACUUAUUUUAGAAUUAUUAAAGAAAUGCAAGGGUGAUUUUAGAACUUUCUAGGUACAUGCUCCUUCCAGAAUGGUUUAUUCUUUUAUCAUAGUAUUAAUUCAUCCUGGUUGAACAACUUUACCAACAUUUUAUUGAAUAGGGUGCUAUGUAUCUUUUGCGAUGGAAUAUUAAAUGAUGUAUGAAAUUAUGAAAAAAUGCCCGAUGUCAAUAGCACCGCAAUAUUAUGCAGUCAAAAAUAUCUACGGUAUAUGAAAUUACAUGGGUAGUUUCAUAUGGCAACUGUAUUUCAAAGCACGGCUUUUAUUAUUUUUCUGAAAGUGAUAUUUAAUUUAACACGAUUCAUCUAUUCCCUUUUAUGAUCAAAUGUAAUAGGUUUAUUUGGCCUAUGUUUCACGUUUAUAAAUGGUUCGACCAUUAAUAUGUUAUUUACGCAUUUCUAAUGUCAAAAAGCUUAGUAAAUGAAUGAUUUAAC